GCAUUGGCACAACAGUGCACCAUCUACAUCAAUAGCAAGCGUGUUCCAGAUGCAUGGAAGAUAUCAAAAACAAUACCAUUGAUGAAGAAAGGUGAUCCAGAAGAACUGAGCAACUACCAUCCAAUCACACUCCUCUCACAAGUGUAUAAAGUCUUCACCCGCAUCAUACUCAAAUCAGAUUAAGAAGGAUCUUGAAAUGCACGAAAGCAGAGAACAAGCUGGUUUCCGCUCAGGGUAUUUGACAAUUGAUAACAGCCACUCAGUUCAACAGCUCAUUGAAAUAUGCAAGGAAUAUAAAGUACCACUGUGUAUUGCAUUUGUCGACUACAAAAAAGCAUUCAACUCAGUAGAGAUGAAUGCUGUACUCAACAUGCUCAAUGAAAUCAGAAUCAACCUGAGGUACAUCAACCUGCUGGAAGAAAUUAACUGCAAUUGCUUGACAGAGAUAUUAUUCAAUGUCCCCUGUAUUAUUACUAUACAUGAGGAGUCAGACAAGGCAACACAAUCUCAGCAAAGCUGUUUGCAGCAGUAUUUGAGUUGCUGUUCAAGAAAUUGAACUGGGAAUAAGGAAUCAGACUUGACGGAGAACAGCUAACACAUCUUCUCUUCACUGAUGACUGUGUAAUACUGGCAAAGGACCCAGCAGAACUGGAGAACAAAUUGCAGCAACUGCAAAGGCUUUCACACGAUAUCGGGUUGGAAGUGAACAUGUCGAAGACUAAGUGGAUAUGGAAUGAGCAUUGUGCAGAAGGAAUCACCACUGUAAAUGGGAAAGAACUCGAGGAGGUCAACAAAUAUAUUUACCUGUGUCAGCAGCUGAGCAGAGACAACUCAUUCUAAGGGGAAUGCAGUAGGAGACAAAAGGCAGGGUGGGCAAGUUUCAACAAAAUAAAGAUGACUCUAACGGACAAUGAGCUGCCCAUAAAGAAAGGAAAGAACUGUUUAACUCCACUGUUCUGCCAGCAAUGAUAUAUGGAGCAGAAUGCUGGUCAAUGACAAAAGCGGAGGAAGAAAAAUUCGCUGUCACCCAGAGAGCAAUGGAAAGGUGAAUGUGUAAAAUAUCGCUCUGUGAUCAUAUACCGAAUUAGGAGAUCAUAAGACAUACACAGGUGACCAAAGUAGUGCAGGCAAUGUAUGACACAAAGCAAAGACGGGCGUGUCAUGUAAUCCGCAGCCAAGACAAUAGAUGGACAACCUGCAUCAGUGACUGGAUCCCCAGACACCUCAAGUGACCUCUGGACAGACCAAAAACACGCUGGGCUGAUCCCAGGACAAAACUCUUUGGACAGAAAUGGAAAGAACAUGCUUGCAACAAAAUAGAAUGGUGUGACGUCAACUUGCGUUCGUGGAGGGAUGGAUGAGGACAAGCCAGACAAAGAGAUCCCUCUUCUGAAGACCCUGUUGUUUCUCUGGUCUUUUUUCCUACUCCACAUCCCUGUUGACCCAGAGAUUUAGGUUGCUUUUUGUAUCACCGGCAUGGACUACUCCCAAUUUCUCUCAGUAGUAAGUGCAACAAGAGAGGAAAAUCUUAUAAAAGUUACAGGUAGUUUGGCACAGAAGAAACCCUCAGUAAUCAUGAUCUCUGGAGGCAUGCCAAAUCCUAACUAUUUCCCAUUUAAAACAGCAAGUUUCACUCUUCAAGAUGGAACCACUAUUGAAAUUGGGGAGGCAUUGAUGAAGAGAGCCCUCCAGUAUUCCUCCACAGAAGGAAUUCCAGAGUUCUUGUCCUGGCUAAAGGAUUUACAGAUGAGUCUCCACAAUCCUCCCACUGCCAAGUACAGUCCUGAUCAGGGCCAAAUGGAGAUAUGCGUCACCACCGGCAGCCAGGAUGGCUUGUCUAAAGUGUUUGAAAUGCUUGUCAAUCCUGGAGAUAAUGUCCUUUUAGAAGACCCCAGCUACUCAGGGACUCUGUCAGCACUGGAACCACUGGGCUGUAACAUUAUCAAAGUCCCUACUGACAAGCACGGUAUUAUUCCAAAAGCUCUGAAAGAAAUUCUUUCCCGGUGGAGACCAGAAGAUGCAAAAAAGCUGAACAACAAUCUUCCCAAGUUCCUCUACACCGUUCCAAAUGGUAAUAAUCCAACUGGAACCUCGCUGACUGCUGACUGCAAGAAGAAGAUAUACCAGCUUGCAAGAUGUUAUGAUUUCCUUAUAAUAGAAGAUGAUCCAUAUUAUUUUCUUCAGUUUGAAAAGACUAAGGCACCAUCAUUUCUGUCAAUGGAUGUUGAUGGUCGAGUGAUCAGAUGUGACACUUUUUCUAAAAUUAUCUCUGCUGGGUUGAGAUUAGGCUUUUUAACAGGCCCCAAACCUCUUAUUGACAGAGUUAUUCUACAUAUGCAUAGUUCAACGAUAACCAGCACUUUCACACAGAUCCUAAUGUCAGAACUUCUUCAUAAAUGGGGGCAAAAGGGUUUUCUAGAGCAUGUAGAAAGGGUAAUGGAAUUCUACAGGACUCAGCGAGAUGCAAUGCUUGCAGCAGCAGACAAGUGGUUAAAAGGUUUGGCAGAGUGGAACAUCCCUACUGCUGGAAUGUUUUUAUGGAUUAAGAUUAAGGGAAUUUCCAAUACAUACCAGAUGAUCAUGGAAAAUGCUUUGGAGAGAGGGGUGUCUUUGGUUCCUGGACAAUCGUUUAGCAUUGAUAGCUCAGCUCCUACUCCCUAUGUCAGAGCUUCCUAUUCUUUUGCUUCUCCCGACCAGAUGGACCAGGCUUUCCAGAAUCUGGCUGAGCUUAUAAAAGAAACUGUCUGUAAGGAUCAGAACAAACUGGCAUUUUUAGAAACCUGUGUUCAUUGACAUUUAGAAAUUGGGUAUCUAAUUUCACUGACAAGUCUAAAAGGAGUGAUUUUAUUCCUACUUUCUGUAAUUGCACAUAACUUUUAAUUUUAUUCUUACUGGGCAAAUUUGCCAUGAUGCCAUCAAGUACCACGAUACCUGACAAUAACUAGCACAUAGACUUAUAAUAGAACAUUACAUUUUCAAAGCACUGUACAAUUAUUAACAAUUUAGUUCUGAUUUCUGUGAGUUAGGUAAGUAACUGUUAUCUUCUUAUUACUGAGGCAUUAAAAUGAGGCACAGCAUUUAAGAGACUUGCUUAGGAACACACAUCAGGUCAGUAGUAGAGUUAGAAAUCGAGAGCUCCUGACAGCCACACCCCAUCCCGAGGAUCUGACCACUAGACCAUCGCAUCCUUUCUUCCCAGACACCGCACAUAUAUAAUGAAUUUGAUUUUAUUUCUGCCUGUCACCACGAGAACUAUAUACCUACUGACUGAAGGCGAGUAUUUCCCACGUGUAACCCUUCUGUCAGGUAGGGUCAGCAGCAACAAGGGCUGGGUUCAGUAUCUAGGGGUUCCUCUUAAAAUUAAACCAGCUCAAACUCCCACACAAAGAUCUGAGAAAACUAGAUACCUCCCAUGGCCACCUCUAAUGGGCAAUACUUCCCCACUCGCAAGCACUGAGUCUAUGUAAACAAAAAUGUUUAUUAAAGAGAGAGAAUACAGCAUUAAUUUUGGAAAACACAGCAAUGAGGAUUCAAAAGUACACAAACACCCAUCCCUCAGCAUCUUAGGUGGUAUCCUUUGCCUCAGUUUCCCACCUUGCAGUGUGACAGUCCAAUGGACAAAUAUCCUUUCAAUACACCCUUCCUCCUUUCCCUAUUCUACACUCUGCUCAUAGUUUGUUGUACAAGGUCAGCAAAGAUCCCAAGUCUAGAGGUUCCCCUGGAGAGGACUGACACCUUCAUUGAGGAGUGCUGCUCUUUCUGCAAUUGCUGCCUGCAGCUGUCACUGCCACCUCUACUGCUGCUCUGCUGUGUCCUUGGUCCAGUCCAGCUCUACCGUACCAUGACCAGCUAACCCAGCUAUUAGCAAUCACAGGGCACCUUUGAUGCCACUGCUGCAUCUCUCACCAUGCUGUCUUUAGCCACGGUGCCACAUUUUUGGAUUCCACCACCUCGCCUGUCUCUUAGUGAUCUCAGCUGUAUUGAUCUCACUGGAUAGCGGGGAAAUUCACUGCUGCUCCCUUCUCUGUGUUGCUUUUUACCACAACACUGUUUCCACACCAGGUCUAAGACUCAGUCCCUUUGACAAGCUUACCAGUAACUUCAGCUUUAGUGAUCACUGAAAAGAAACAAGGACUUGUAAUUGAGUCCAAGCAGCUCUGUCUGAAGGAAGAAGAUCAUCUAGAACUGUUAAACACACUCCUCACCACCAAAUAGAAACACCUGUUCCCCUCUGAUUUUCAUUUGGAUUUGAAUCACUACCCCAACACUGAGCAAGUGAGGUUACUGUUAUAGUGAGCCCCUGAAUUAGGCCAUAUUAAGUAUGAUUCUGCUGUCCUUUAGUCAUGCAGUAAAGAUAACAGUAUUUCAUUACCCAUGCAUCCAAGGUUUAAGUGAAUUUUAAGCUAAAACAGCCAAGUUGAUUAUCCUGGCAAAGUAGGUGUGUUUAGACAACUAAGGUCUGAUCUUGAGUUUUUUCCUCUAGUUCAUCAAUAGGUAGCAGGAGAGAUCACUCAGAUCACUGACUUACAUACCCCAGCAACACGAUUACUACAAUAUCCAGCAGGCUUGUUAAAGAGCUAAACCCCCCACUGCCAAGAAGUUACAUGCACUUUCUACAGCAAUCUUUGAUCCUGCUGACAUGAGGUACAGAAGUUAGACACGGGUUAUGUCUAUGAUGCAACAGAAGGUCUGAUUACAGCCUGGAUAGGCAUACCCACACUAGCUUUCACCUAGCUAGCACAGCUAAAAAUAGCAGUAAAGACACAGUAGCACAGGCUGUGGAAGCCUGUCCAGAACCCUGGGUGCGAAUGAGCAUUCCUAGCCUGGGCUGGGGUCCACGUUACCACAUCUUUGCUACUAUUUUUAGCCAUGAUAGCUAGAUUAAAGCUAGUGCACAUAUACCUAGCUAAACUGCAUACACAAUGAAAGGGUGAUGCCCACUCCACCAACAUAAAGCAUGAGUAUCUGAGACCCUUAGUGUAGCAUUUAGGGAUGGGUAUAGGGACCUCCUCUAGCCACUCAGUAAAGCCCCCAUACAACCUCUGUGUAGCAGCUAAGCAGUGUGGUGCUGCGGGUCUCAUGCUAGUUCUCCACACCACAGGAGAACUUUACCCUAAGUGUCUUGCAGGGUCUCUCACUAGGCUAGCUCCUAAAUAGUUUAAAAUUAAAUCCAGAAGUGAUAAGUCUAUGAAGUGAUAAGUCAUAACCACAUUACAGUACACCACAAUGUGUUUUGCUUCAACUGAUUUCAAUAGAGCUAUGCUGGUUUACAUCAGCUGGGGAUCUGACUCACUAUUUCUUGUCCUGAUGAGACAGAAGCACCUUGGCAGGAGUGGGAAGCACUCGGGUGAUGGGAGGCAUUCUCAGAAGAGAAGGAAAUUAUCAGUCUGCUCGAAAGCUUAGCUUCAACAAGCAAAUAAAUCAGUGGUUCUUCUUUAACUGGAAACUAAUUUUAAGAAUCUUGUGUGAUUAAUGUUCUCUUUGUAAAAAGUGAAAUGCAUCAACCUGUUCCAACCUGACCUUUUAAAAUUACAGCACACAAUAGAAACUCAAUCACAGCAAACAGCAAAGAGCACUUCCUUCUAUAAACCAGAACUCCAAAACAGACAAUACAAAUGUAUCUAAGGAUUUUAUGUUUAUAUGUUGCUAAUGUAGUAUCCAUCCACAUACAUCCUCCAUAAUCUUUUCUUUGCAUAUCUGAGUAUUAAGUAGAAAUGCAGGGCAUCAUACAUAAUUGCAUUGUGGCCACUUUGCACUGGCUAAGCCAUCAUAAAACAGCCUUUAUUCUCCCCAUCUUGAGAGAAUGCCCACUGGCACAGUCUCUCUUUACUAUAGGAAGUCCUGACACUUCCCAUUAUACGACCCUGUUUUCAGCUGAUUAUAACUUUAACUGUUUAGCCUGAAAUUUUCCAUAACAGGUGCCUGCACAGACAACUAGUUCUGACAUUGCCUAACUUUGAAUGCUUGACUUUGCAACCUUAAUGAUGUGUUUUAAUGUAGAUUGGUUUGUUUUGGGGAGCUUAGGCAGAGGAGUUGUAUAUUUUAGUAUAAUAUAUAAAUAUAUACAUACACAAGAGAGGGAGUGUGAACUGCCUUUUGCCUUAUUUUAAGAAUUGCCUAAUCUUUGUAAGAAUAAAUCAACAGUUAAGUAAUCAUUUACAUUCUAAAUCCUAUUUUUUUAAUUUUAGAAUGCUUUUUGACUGACCUCUUCAUUGGUAUCAAGCUUAAAUGACAUUUAAUAUGGAUCUGUAUUAAAGGUUCCAUACUGGCACCAAGUUCACCUGUCCAGAAUAGAAUAAUAUAGAAUAGAAUUAGAGAAGCUGACGCUCCUGAUAAGACUAGUUUACUGUUAUGUGAUCUCUUACAACCUGGUGAUUUUCUAUGUUGAAUUCAUUUAUUAAAACUUGUACACAUUGUCAUAUCAUCAUUGUAUAAUUUAUUCAUCUUUAAAUUGUAUUCUACUUAAUAAAAUCCAUAUUAAACAUAUACAGAGAGACAUUGUGAACUGUUAUGAGUGUUUUUUCACCUGUCUCAGAAGAUAAUAAAUCAGACUUCUGAAGUGAUGAUUAAAUUAUCCUACAGAGUC